UUUGCGGAAGGUUUUUCUCUCGCGCCGAAAAAUAUAUACGCCGUGUAUGUGCGUGUGUUUAGAAAUGUGCCGUCCGUGACGAGCGCAUGAAAAGGGAAGAUGGUCAUUGCGCGCCUCGAAACCAAGUGGAAUUCACGAUCAUCUCUCUCGAUGAUUAACAUGGACUCAACGGGCAACCAACUGGUCAUCAAGUUCGUUAUACUGUCGAUCUGCGUCUGUCACGCUUCCGGCGAGUCGAGUGUCGGGAGUGUCGCGGAAUCGUCUUCGGACGCGUUUCGAACGGAAAAGUUCGUACCCGCCACGACGGCGCAGCCUGUCAGACAAAACAGGGCGUACAAGCAGAGCUACAGCGUUAAGGGGGACGACACCGACUAUCAGGACGAUCAUCAUUAUCACGACGACAUGAAGGAGGACGAGGAGACGAAGGCGAUGGGUCAACCCAAGGUCGAUUACUGGGCCGGUUACUACGAUUUUCUGAUUAACGAGGGAAGCUACAAAUUCUGGGCCGUUUUUCAGCUAGCGACCGCGGCUUUACUGAUCUACAGCGGUUUCGCGGCUCUCUAUUACGCCAAAGUGAACCCGCCGACCACGGACGACUACUUCGACGGCGAUAUAUUUCGUCGCCGACGGAGACGAAGAAGACGCCGUUCGUUUCCGCUCGCGAAUCGCGACAAGCCCUUCGCCGGACUCGACGCCGUUACGUUUCAGAGGAUAAUCGAAGCGAUCUUCGACGAACGAACGCGUUGACUUUCGUUUUUUUUUUCUUCUUCGAAAGACGCGAGGUGAAAUAAAAUUAGGUGGCAAAACAAUCAAAUUGGAAACAGCGGUGAAUGUUGUGACCGAAAGAGAACAGCGUCCAGAAGGGAAAUCUCUCUUCUCUCUCUUUCUCUCGCGAAACCGAUUCGUUGAGACUCGGCAAGCUGAAGACCGGCACCGAAUCAUUCCGCGCGAGAGGAGAAGAAAGUCUCACCUCUGCGCGCCGGUCUCUUUCAACCGCUGUCCGAUCGGCUUAUAAUUAGUGAAAAAAAAAAAAAAAA